CAUCAGCGAUUUCCACAGCGCAAGAAUGAUGUGGACGUUUAGUGAUAGACAUUAAACGCCUAUGUUUAUAAAUGUGUACAUGUGUUUCAGGCACUUCAAGUACCCGACCUGUGCAUAUCACGUCCACUAGAACUAAGAAAAAGAAAGUGUUAUUUAUUGGCUAUAUAGGGAGCGCGGCAUGUAUUUGCGUCUACCAGUGAAGAGCACGGGGUUACUAAAGUUCAUGUAUUCAAAGCUAGCGAGCUGCUAACCGCUGUGUGUAGUUCUAGCUAGCUGCUGCCGUUUUUGAACUGCCCUCGGUGGGAUGCUCAGUUGCUGUUGUGAGUGAAUGCACCGUUUUGACGGGUGGGGUGUGAAACAGACCAAACAAAAUCAACGGUUAUUGUUGUUUGAGUCAGUGAAUGAUUUGCUAGACAAACAAGAUACGACUCCAGAAUCCUGCCUGUUUGAAAUAUUGAGCAUGUAGACAGCUUAGUUCUAGAGUCCAAUGUUAUGUAAUGCUAGCUGGGAAAACAUUCAAACAAAUGACUUCUCAGAUUCUGACUUCUCAGCCUGCAUUGCUCCAUGUUCGGUUGAAAGCAACAAUUACACGUAUUUUUAAGGAUACAUAGAAGCCUGGGCUUAUCGAUAUGUUGCGGACGGUGUGCUGUUUAGUUGCUGCUUGUCAGCAUCAUGGAAUGUGUCCAACGUGAGCUGUCUCCCAGGAAUUCCAAACAAAAGAAUUGGCGCGUGGCUUUCCCCUGUUUGUUGAUUUGUGGCACUGUCAAUUGGACGGCUUGGGGUCUGGGAUUUCAACAGUUCAGGAAGAAUCCUAUGUGAAGGCAUCGCUUUCCGCUAAGUGCAGCUGAGGCCUGCAUAGUGUGGUCUCCCGUCCCGUCCUGUCCCGUUCCGUGGGCUCCGCGAGGUGAGGGCCAUGGCCUGGAAGGACCGGCUGGAGUCGGUGCUGAACGUGGGGCUGCGGGUGCCCAGCAUCAUGCUGCUGGAGGUGCUGUACCGCUGGGACGUCAGCUCCUUCUUCCAGAAGAUCCAGCGCAGCAGCCUCAACAACAACCCCCUCUUCCAGUAUAAGUACCUGGCGCUCUACCUGCACUAUGUCGGCUACAUCCUGAGUCUGGUGUUGUUGACGUUGCCACGGCAGCACCUGGUGCAGCUCUACCUGUAUGUGGUCACCGCCCUGCUGCUCUUCGCCGGACACCAGAUCUCCAGGGAUUAUGUUCGUAGUGAGCUGGAGUCGGGAUAUGAGGGACCCUUGUAUCUUGAGCCGCUGUCCAUGAACCGUUUCACCACUGCACUCAUUGGCCAGUUGGUGGUGUGCACGCUGUGCUCGUGUGUGAUGCAGACCAAGCAGAUCUGGCUGUUCUCGGCGCACCUGCUGCCGCUGGUGGCCCGUCUCUGCCUGGUGCCGCUGGACACCAUCGUCUUCAUCAACCGCUUCGCCAUGAUCUUCACCGGCCUCGAGGUCCUCUACUUCAUCGCCUCCAACCUGCUCGUGCCCUACAAACUGGCCAAGACCGCCUACCGAGAACUUGUGCAGGUGGUGGAGGUGUAUGGUCUGCUGGCGCUGGGCAUGUCUCUGUGGAACCAGCUGGUGCUGCCGGUGCUCUUCAUGUGCUUCUGGCUGGUGCUCUUUGCCCUGCAGAUCUACACCUACUUCAGCACGCGCGACCAGCCGCCCUCACGAGAGAGACUCCUCUUCCUCUUCCUCACCAGUAUUGCCGAGUGCUGUAGUACUCCCUACUCUCUGCUGGGGCUGGUCUUCACUGUAUCCUUCGUGGCUCUGGGAGUCCUCACACUCUGCAAGUUCUACCUGCAAGGCUACCGAGCCUUCAUGCAUGACAACACCAUGCACCGUGGUAUGACGGAGGGCAUAACGCUGUUGAUCCUGGCGGUGCAGACGGGUCUGAUCGAGCUGCAGGUGAUCCACAGGGCCUUCCUCCUCAGCAUCAUCCUCUUCAUCGUGGUGGCCUCCAUACUGCAGUCCAUGCUGGAAAUCGCAGACCCCAUAGUGCUGGCACUAGGGGCAUCACGGGACAAGAGUCUAUGGAAGCAUUUCCGUGCGGUGAGCUUGUGUGUGUUCCUGCUGGUCUUCCCUGCCUACAUGGCCUACAUGAUCUGCCAGUUCUUCACCAUGGACUUCUGGCUGCUCAUCAUCAUCUCCUCAAGCAUACUCACCUCGCUACAGGUUCUGGGAACCCUCCUGAUCUACAUCCUGUUCAUGGUGGAGGAGGUGCGCAAGGCGCCGGUGGAGAACAUGGACGACGUCAUCUACUGGGUGAACGGCACGUACCGGCUGCUGGAGUUCCUGCUGGCGCUGUGCGUGGUGGCGUACGGCGUGUCGGAGACGCUGUUCGGCGAGUGGACGGUCAUGGGCUCCACCAUCAUCUUCGUGCACAGCUACUACAACGUGUGGCUGCGCGCCCAGCUGGGCUGGCAGAGCUUCCUGCUGCGCAGGGACGCCGUCAACAAGAUCAAGAGCCUGCCCACCGCCUCCGCCAGCCAGCUGCUGCAGCACAACGACAUCUGCGCCAUAUGCUACCAGGAUAUGACAACAGCGGUCAUCACCCCCUGCAGUCACUUCUUCCACGCCGGCUGCCUGAAGAAGUGGCUGUAUGUGCAGGAGACCUGCCCCCUGUGCCACAGCCAGCUCAAGAGCCAAUCGCAGCUUGCCAACCCUGCGCACGCCGACGCAGCAGCCAAUCCCAACCCCCUGGAGGUGGGACAAGGCGAGCCGGCAGCAGCACCUGUCGCCCAGGUGGCCCAGGACGGUGCCGAGCCCGCCCCCUCCGGUACGGUCUCCACGGUGACUGAUUCCCCAGCCGAAUCAGCUUCCUCUUCCUCCUCAUCCUCCUCUUUUUCCUGCACCAACACUUCCUCCUCCUCAUCUUCUUCCUCCUCCUCCUCCUCAUCUUCCUCCUCCUCCUCACCUUUCUCCUCCAACACCUCCUCCUCCUCCUCUUCCUCCUCUUCCACCACCACCUCAUCCGCCUCCUCAUCCUCCCUCCCCAGUGUGGAAGAAUGUCAGGAGAGCAGCUGUGUCUCUGAGCCGUGUGGGCUUGAUGCCCCAUCGCGGCCGGCUGAGGGUCAGAAGUGCCAGGGUGCCGGUCAGCCCAGUGCCAUCAUGUCCGCAGAUCCCUCGCCACUUGAGCCCAACGCAACCGCAGCAGCAGCAGCAGCGGCGCUAUCCACCUCCACCAUCAACCCCCUUCAUCUGUGAACUCUAACCCCCAACAGCCCCAACCCCCCACCCACAGACUAUUCUACUACGCAACUGUGACGCGGCCAACGGAUGACAUGCUGACUGUAAUAGCGGAUAGCUGGUUCCAAACCGUUUUUGCCAUUUCAACCUGUACACGAACACACAUGCACUCACUUUGUAUUGACACACACACACACACACACACACAUGCACACACACACCCAGGCAUGCAUUUGCAUGCAGGACAGACGACACAUCAACACUGACCAUCCAAAAGUGCAUGCACUCAAUCAGCUCAUACGAUUUACGUUUGUUUCUUCAUUGUUUUUCGUGUCUUUUUUUUUUUUUUUUUGAAGACCACACUCCAAGCUCAAAAAUGUUCACAUUUUUAUUAAAUUUGUUUUUUCUCCCUCGUGUACAAUUGUUGGACCUGUCUGAUAAAAGAGACAUUGGCAUCGGGUAGAGUGCCAAAAGGUAAAGGAAGAUAAAAAGGACAUGCCAUAAUCUUGGGUGAAUUGUGUUUGGAUGCCGAUCAUACCUCUGUCCCAUGCAAUUUUUUUCUUGUUGGAAAAAUCAUGUACCACUAAGCUGUGAUGUAAUUUCUGCAGCAUCGAUUUCGAUAUUUGGAAUCACUGAGAUUGUUCUUCUUUUGUUUCACGUCCAAAAAGAAGCUGUUGUGCUACUCUUGCUGCCUGUAUUUGUCCCUUGAAUGUCACAUUUUUGCAUCAACUUUCAAAAUAUUUUCUUUUUGUCUUUUCCCCCCCCCACUUUCACCCGCUCCACAUUUUAUUUAAUCCGGUUCUUCCUAACUGAGGUAUCACUGCUGAGUCCCUUUCGCUCACAGCGUUUAACGAUAUGGUUUUGAGAUCACCGACCGACUGUUACAAAAACAGAGAAGAAAGUAAAAUCCAAGGUCCUGGCCACUUGAAUGACGAUCUCUACAAUACUGAAAAAAGGGGAAUACAUGGAAACGUGUUACAUGCAGGCAAAAAAAAACUUGCCUGGCUUUUUGCUGUAAAGGCUUGUGAGCUGUGGUAGGCUAGGACACACCCUGUUGUUUUUCUUCCUGUUGUCUCUACAGGUUUGAAUUCUCCUCACACCAGUACGUAAAGCCUUUUCUCGUGUGUGUCCCAGGUGUUUCUCUUUUCUGUUUUUUUCUCCUUUCCGUUCACUUUGGAGAUGCUCUAAAAAAAUGUUGCCUCGUCAGGUACCAAAUAAUUGUGUUUUCGAGGACGUUGCCCUUAUUAGUGUGUGUGUAUAUAUGUGCAUAUAUAUAAAUAUAUAUUAUAUAUUCUAUUAUCUGUAUCUCUGUAAUCUGGAUAAAAAAAUACAUUUUGAUAUGCCGUACAGUGUUCCAAGGGAUGCGUUUUGGCGCUGCGCAUAUGAUGUGACCGGUAAGCUGGCGUGAACCACUUCAAUGCCCUUUCCGAGGUAGAAGUGGGGAUUCAGCGGUUGGUCACGGAUUGCACGCCUCUAAAAAAACGAGUUCUGAGUUUUCAAAAACCUUGGUUUAGCAGUAUUACUUUUUUUGUAUGUUUUAAGUGUUUUUUUUCUUGGCGAUUCUCGAUUGUGCUAAGCAUGAACACACUGCGUUGUGCAGUGUGGGACCUCACAAGAGAUAAAGUGCCAUGUCUUUUCAUUUCAUUUCGUUAAGCCACUUGGUUGCUUUUGCACAUUUCUUCUGGAAGGAAAAUAAAGAGAAAUGGGAGACUUUGAGGGCUCAGCACCCUCGCUGGUCUUAAUUACAAUGUUUUGUUUUUUUAUUUUUUAAGAUGACUCCUUGUUAAGGAUGUUUUUUGCUCAUGAUUUUUGUUUCUGUUCUUUCUUUUCUUUCUUUCUUUCUUUCUUUUUUUUUUUUUUUUACAAAUUUAAUGCCACAAUGAGUAUACUUCGGUCUGCUACAGAAUGGUUGCAUCUUUAGAAAGAAGCAAAACAAAAAAUACUCCCGUGUGGAGAUUUUUUAUUUUACAGAAUUGAAUGUCACAAAUAAAAAUUGGACUCAUUUUAA